AUGGCGAUAUGGCCGUUUGGUCGUAAGAACAAGCGCCACACCAUUCAAGUGAGCGCUGACGAGGCCACCGCACUCCAACAUGCCCUGGACGAGAACGAUUCGCCCGCUCCCGUCGCCGAACCAACCUUGGGCCGCAAACCUUCCCGCCGGGGUUCCAAACGCCACAGCAGACGCUGGUCGCGUACUGGUGAUGGCUCCGAAAGCCCGGGGCCAACGGGCCAGACAACCACGUCGAACCGCCCGGUCUCCUCUCUCGAUCAACGGCGCUUGUCUGAGGCAGACCAGACCUACCCGCGACCGCUGUCACGGAAAGGAUCGCUGUUGAAGAAGCAGCCAAAUCCGAGUGGACCCAACAAGCUUCGCAAGAGCAAGCGACAGACCCAUGAAAUUCUACGCGAGCGCGAGAUUAAGCUGUUGUCGUCAACUCCCAUCGACAUUCCACGCCGAUCAACUCAACCUCUGGGCAGCGACUAUGGAGUGGAACACCGACGACGCAAGGCAAAUGGGCGACGCGCUGAUCGCUAUAUGUCAGAUAUUAGUUUGUCGAUUCGCGACUCGGCCGCAUCCUCUAUUUCGGACAUCUCCGAUCCCUUCACCUACAAGGUGAAUGCCUUUGCUGCAUUGACUCCACGCCCUGUCGUCCGUUAUGUCGAGACGCCUCGUUUAACCACGGCGCGAAGCAACAAUACCUCGACAGGUGCUGGGCGACCGGACAGCGAUAGACACCCAACCCGAACCACCUCUGGAGAGGAUCUCUACUACUCUAGGCGACGUGUGGAUGAUCUGGCGGAUUCUUUGGAUGCUAGUACUUUGCGAGAAUUACUCGAGCGAGACCGUCGCCGCCGGGAGAAGAAACAGCUCGAAGAUCAAGAAAAGCUACGUCGCAAGUUGCAGGAACGCGCUGAUGCCCAGGCCGCGGAGGAGCGUCAACAAGCGAUUGAAGCGACCCAGCAACCCCCGGAGGUCCAACCCGAAGAAGCUCCCGUCGUCGAGGCUCCUGAUGUAGUUGAACAUCAAAGUAUUAUUAUGGAAGAGACCAUCGCUGAAGAGCCUGAAGACGAAGCACCCGCAGAGCAGUCUGGUACCUGGCUACACGAUGAGUCGAAGGAGAGCGAGGAUGCCGGGCGGGAAUCGAUUGAAAGCGUGCAUGUCAUUGGAAAUAUUGAUGACAGCUCGAUCCGCGAGCCUAAGCUGGCUACUCGGCCUAGCUUUGCUCCCUCACAUGAGAUGGGCAUGUCUCGCACCACUCUCUCUCCAUCUCAAUCAUCCCUCCGACAUGGAAUCAUCAGCCCCAGCCAGUCGCAAACCUUUAACGUUGGUUCUACCUCUGACAUUUCCGAGCGCCGCCCGUCCGAGACCAGCGGUCGCCGUGGUGGAAACACCAUCACCUCUCUUUUCCGACGUGGUUCCUCCCGUAUCAAGCGACGAUACAAAGAAAGGUUCCACGACUCCAGUCCCGAUGUCUCCAAUGCUUCACACGAGUCUUUUUACCGGAUCCAAACCCAGUCUUCGCCUCCACCAGCCUCCGUCAUCCCCCCGCGAGCUUUCAUUCCAACCGGUGUCAUCCAACGCUCGCAUUCCAAGUUCACAGAGCACUUUGGCGACGAACCCGUGUCCCCUCCAGACUCGCGUCUCCAGUCCCCAGAUAUCCCCGAAGAAGUGGAUAUCCCUGAGGAAGUGGCCGAAUCUUCAUUAGAGAACGAAGAAGGAAGCACUUUCCUGCACGGCCCGACUCCUACUUUCGCGGGCGUCGAUAUCGUGAAUCCGAAGAACCGUCGCCAUCUCUCAGGCGAUAGCUUCGAAUCCGAGAACGUUCCCCUAUCCCAGUCCUUGGCAUCUAUCGACUCAGAAGGAUCAUGGAUGUCGGGACAGUUCUUCCGCCGGAUGUCCCAGAAGGCUCCUAGCAGCCCCGUCCGUACCAUGACCUCGUUCAGCGCUGCAAUCGACAGCCCGGUCGAGACGCAUGAUGAUGUUCGUGACUCUAUCGAUUCUCGCAGAGCCAGCAGCAAUAUCAUGGGCGAGCCAGAGCUACUGGAAAAUGAUGAGGUUCCUGCGAACGACGCUACCAAGGCCGCCGAGACCUGGCACCAUAGCGAGGUCGGCCGCCGGGCAGUCCUGGUCAGCCCCGUUUCUCGUCCCAAAUCUACGGCUACCAUGCUCAAGAGCUUCCCUUCAUUGUCUCCCAUCACGGCUGAAGAGGAUUACUUGGACGAAGACGAGGGCGAUGACAAGGACAAGGUGGUGAGAAGCACUCCUCAGCCGCAGCGCGUGGCUAGUGUCCACGGUGUUAUCUGCAAUGCCGAGGAUGAAUGA